UAACAGGGUCAACGAGAAAAGAAAGUUAAAAUGAGUCUGAAAGGAAAACUUAAACCGGCAGGUGAAGCGUGAAAAAAAGCCGUCUAAAGUUUAAUCAAAAAGCACCACGAGAAUUUUGUUUCCUGGAAAUUGGACGGUGUUUAUGGUGGCAACGUUGUUCCAUUCGUCCAUUGAGUGCAUGUGAGCAGUGGUUGCUGGAAUGCUAUAAUAAGCCAAAAUUAAGUUCCUCACUUCACGAGCCAUUGAAAAGAUCAGAAACAUCAAUUACAGGUACCAAAAUAUUGGAGGACUUUUGGACAGCCAGCACGUGUGGCAUGGACAAAAGUGUAGGUAAGUCGCAAGUCAUUAACUCAUCAGUUAGUAGAUCUACCCCGACGAAUGACGGUCAUGUGACUGCAAAUCCAAUCAACCCUGCUGAAUUUGGAAAUCAUGGACUACACCUCUGGAACCAAAUCAGACAGCAGUGGAUAGGACACAAGAAGCAUGUCAACCAACCACAACAGCUUCAUGAACCUAAACUAAAUUGGAAUGCUACGUAUGAUAGUUUGUUUGGGAGCAACAAGCCAUUGCCCAAGCCUAUCCCGCUUGCUGAAAUGGUUGAUUUCCUUAUGGAUUUUUGGGAGCUGGAAGGACUGUAUGAUUGACAUGUUGUAAGCAAGGGAUUAUUUUAUGGAUGAAUGAUGAACGGUCAAGUAUUGACUUAGAUAGGCUGAUGCAGAUUCCAUUUGCUUCGUGACUAGGAAGUAGGAGGUUACUAAUGGAGAUUCUGUAGAUGAAAUGUAACCAACUUCGGGCAAAUUGAAACAUUUUGUUCUCGGAGCAUUUUUACCUCAACUGAAUUUAAUGUG